AACAAACGUCACCCUCUUUUUCGAAUCGGCCGUCACCUCGUGGUGUUUUGUGCCUUUGAUUCAAUUUAUUUUCCUUAAAUUUUUCCGGAAAAUAACACAAAAAUAAUACAAAAUGAGUUUGUAUAAUUUCAAAAAAAUUAUGGUGGUUCCGCCAGCAAAGGACUUUAUCGAUAUUAUGCUAUCGAAAACACAACGUAAAACCCCCACCGUUGUGCAUAAAGGAUACAAAAUAUCUCGUAUCCGUGCUUUCUACACGCGUAAAGUUAAAUACACGCAGCAAAACUUCCACGAUCGUCUGUCGCAAAUCAUUCAGGACUUCCCCAAACUCGACGACGUCCAUCCAUUCUAUGCUGAUUUAAUGAACGUUCUCUACGACAAGGACCAUUACAAAUUGGCCCUGGGUCAGUUGAACACCGCCAGGCAUUUGAUUGACAAUGUUGCCAAGGACUACGUUCGUCUUUUGAAGUACGGUGACUCCCUGUAUCGUUGCAAACAGCUGAAGAAAGCAGCUCUCGGUCGCAUGGCCACAAUCAUGAAGCGUCAAGCCUCAAAUUUAACAUACUUGGAGCAAGUCCGUCAGCAUCUGUCCCGUUUGCCAACAAUCGAUCCCUACAACCGCACCAUCAUCAUUUGUGGUUUUCCCAAUGUCGGCAAAUCGAGCUUCAUUAAUAAGAUCACCCGGGCCGACGUAGAAGUCCAGCCAUACGCAUUCACAACCAAGAGUUUGUAUGUCGGACACACAGACUACAAAUACCUGCGUUGGCAGGUGAUUGACACUCCCGGAAUUCUGGAUCAUCCUCUGGAGGAACGUAACGUCAUUGAAAUGCAGGCUAUCACAGCGCUGGCUCAUUUGAGAGCAUGUGUUCUGUACUUUAUGGACAUCUCAGAGCAAUGUGGACACUCCUUGGAGGAACAAGUCAAGCUCUUCGAAGGAAUCAAGCCCCUCUUCACAAACAAACCUCUGAUCGUUGCCGUCAAUAAGAUCGAUAUUCUGACACUUGACGAGCUGAACGAAGACCGCAGACAGAUUAUCACAAAACUGCAGGAAGACAAGAACAUUCCAGUGAUGUUCAUGUCGACCGUCAACGAAGAAGGAGUCAUGGAGGUUAAGAUUGAGGCUUGCGAGCGAUUGUUGUCGUUCCGUGUUGACCAGAAAAUGCGCACCAAGAAGGUUGAUAACAUCCUCAACCGUCUGCAUUUGGCAACGCCAGCGGCCCGCGAUGAAAAGACACGUCCACCAUGCAUACCUGAGGCAGCUCUUAAGCGUCUCCAAAACAAUGCCGAGAAGACCAAGCGCAAGCUCGAGAAAGAAAUCGAAAUGGAAAUGGGAGACGACUACACACUGGACCUCAAGAAGAACUACACAACGAUACCCGAAGAGGAACGUUACGACGUUAUCCCAGAAUUCUGGGAGGGCCACAACAUCGCCGACUACAUCGAUCCCGAUAUUUUCGACAAACUGGAAGAACUCGAACGCGCCGAAGGCAUCCGCGAAGAAUCCGGACUCUACAAUCCACCAGACAUGUCCAUGGACGACACUCUCAAAGAAAUCCGCGAAAUGGCCAAACAGAUCCGCGACAGACGAUUCCUCCUCCGCGACGAGAGACGCUUGCAGAGCAGAAAGAACAAGCCAAUUAUUCCACGUAACAAACAACCCAAGGUCCGUGAUCGUAGUGUCACCAAGCUCCGCGAAACCAUGGAGAAUCUUGGAGUCGAUAUGUCGGGCACAGAAAACGCCAACUUCACAAAGAGUGUGGUCGACAUCCGACGAGGCCUUGUCGAAGUCGGUAAACCAUCCAUCGGCAAGAGAAUACUGCUCGACAAAGAAUCCUCAGCUGUGGUCCGAUCGACUGGUCAAGCUCUCAAACGAGCUCUUCCUCGAGAUCACCAAGGUGUCAAGAAUGUGGCUAUGAAGAAGAAACUGCACAUCAUGGCCAAGCGCGAUAUUGCCAAGAAGGUGACGAGAAACGGUCUCAAGGGAGAAGCGGAUCGUUUCAUUGGAACCAAGAUGCCCAAGCAUUUGUUCGCUGGCAAGCGAGGAUCAGGCAAAACAGAUAGACGUUAAUUUAGGUGAAGAUUUCCUUUGUAUUUUUUCUUUUUAUUUCUAAAUUCUGUGCAAGUGGGGGUGUACCGUUUCACAGUUUUAAUAUUAUUAUUUUUAUAAACAUGAACUAAAGAUUAUGAUAAUAAAGUGAUCUACAAAAUA